AUGGCGGAUCUCACGGUGUACAACAUUCCAACGAGCCCUCCCAACUGGGAUCGAGUAGGUGUCUUCUACAUUUCAUGGUGCGUGAGCUGGACGACUCUCCUACUCGCCGGAAUGAUCUUCUGCUUGGUCAAUCGUCACAAUCCCGUCCUUAGGUUCCGCGGUCUGCCGUUAUCAUUCUCUGCCAUUGCUCUUCUCCAUGUGUAUUGGAUCCUCGGCCAGAUCACCUAUCCGAUCGGCGGAACUAUGCAUAUGGUUCUUGCCUAUGACAUCCAGUACUUCGGCAUGGGCGUCUACUUUCCACUGGGCAUCGCUCUGUUCCACGCUUCGAACCACCGUUUCCUUCACAUUGCCAAGCUGCAGAAGCAGUUCGUCCAUCCUGAACUCCGAACAAAACAUGGCUGCAACGGCGCCGACUCCUCAUGGCUUUGCCGUCUGAGAAACAUUAAGUACACGACUAAGAUUUUCCUUUUCGUUGGCAUUGGCAUGGUAUUUCAGUUCCUUCUCACCCUCGGGAUGUGGUUCGCUUGUAAAAAAUACCAUCCAACCUAUGGUAUUUCCGGAACGGGACUUGACGGCUUGCCACUCCCGGUGCAGAUAGUGGAACUCGGUCGAGGAUGGGAAUGGUGGCCAUCCGUGCUAUGGCAAGUCAUCUGGGCAUGGAUUGUCGCACCGAUUCUCCUCUGGCGAGCUUGGGGUAUCCGUGACACAAUGGGAUGGCGUACGCAAACUAUCGCCUGUUGCAUCUCCAGUCUUCAUGCGACUCCGAUGUUCUUGAUCGCAUCAUACGUGCCUGCCUUUGCCAAAGUCAAUGUUUAUUUUACUCCGAGUCAAUGGAUUCAUCUCUCCAUCAUGAUGUGGGAAAUCUUCACCGUAUUCGUUCCCAUCUACGAGGUCGUCAGGCAGUGGAUCCUGAGCAAGAAAGCAGCCAACUCGUAUGCUAGAUGCGAUACGGCAUCGCCAUCAAUAACCCUUAGAACAUCGGGCUCAAAAGAGUGGAACAAUACAUCUUCGUCCACGCUUGCUGAGAAGGGCCAGGCAUCUGUUUUCUCAGAAGAGUGCCUGGGCGACCGUCUGUUCACAAAGGAUGCUCUCGAACAAGUCCUCAGCAAGAAUCCGGAGGCGUUGCAGGAUUUUGCAGCACUCAAGGAUUUCUCUGGAGAAAACGUUGCAUUCCUGACCUGCACUGCCUCGUGGAAGUCAUCCUGGCCGGAAAGUCCCGGCCAGGAACAGCUGCUCAGCACGUACAACCAGGCACUAUGGAUCUACACAGCUUUCAUCAGCCCGCGCGACGCCGAGUUUCCCCUAAACAUAUCAUCGCAAGCUCUCAACCACCUACAGUCUAUCUUCGAAAAACCCGCGCGGAUCCUAUGCGGAGAAGGAAACGUAAACCCCGCGACGCCAUUCGAAGCCGACUUUUCCACAUUACCGCCGCAAGACGUUGGCAUUAGGGCGCGGUACACGGGCGAGAUCCCUGAGGGUUUCGACUUGGCAGUUUUCGACCAUGUGCAAGAGCACGUCAAGUACCUGGUGCUGACAAACACAUGGCCCAAGUUCGUUGAGGCGCUGCGGCGCCGGUCAGGCAAUUCAAUGGACAGUGGUUAUACCGCGACGUCAGAGUCAUCCAUAACGAGUUGGCUGUCGAGUCAGCGCGCGAAGCUUCAAUCAUUCUUUUGA